AUUUCCUUUAUAUCUUCUCUUCUUCACCAAUCGGACAACUCAAUUGAUUUAAAUCUCUUCUCUCCUCAUCUUUGAACCUUCAACCUUAAUCAUCUUACCAUUCUGUCAUCUCAAGCUUAAAAGUAAAAUGUCGGCUCCUAAUCUCCAAGAGAUUCAUGACACCCUCAUCGAGGUGGCCCAAAAGGCCGGGGACAUGAUCCUCAACGCCCGUCCCUCGUUCCAGAGUGCCGGAAACAAGAAGAACUCUGUCGAUCUUGUCACUGAGACUGACCAGGCCGUCGAGAAGAUGGUUUCUACCACUCUCCGCGAGAAGUAUCCCGACUACAGCUUCCUUGGCGAGGAGACCUACAAGCCUGGCAUGACCCUUGGCUCUGGGCCGACCUUCAUCUGCGACCCCAUUGACGGAACCACCAACUUCGUGCACGGUCACCCGUACGUCUCCAUCUCGCUGGGAUUUACUAUUGACAAGCGUCCCGUGGUCGGAGUUGUUUACAACCCCUUCCGCAAAGAUUUGUUCACUGCUAUUGAAGGCAAGGGAGCGUUCCUAAACCGCACUACUCGUCUUCCAUACAAGCAGGAGCCUGAGCCGCUUGAGGGUCUGAACAAUGCACUCGUGGCUGUUGAAUGGGGAAGCGACCGCCACGGAAACAAUUAUGACAUCAAGUGGAACACGUACCGUAAGCUGGCGGCCAACAAGGAUAAUGGCGGAAGCAUGGUGCACAGCCUGCGCUCGCUCGGCAGUGCCGCCUUGAACCUCUGCCACGUGGCUACGGGCACUUUUGACGCGUACUGGGAGGCUGGAUGCUGGGCCUGGGAUGUCGCUGCCGGGUGGGUCAUUCUCAAAGAAGCUGGCGGUUUGAUUGCCAGUGCUAACCCCGGCGAAUGGACUCCUGCUGUCGAUGGACGCAAGUACUUUGCCGUCCGGGGCGCUCCGUCCGGCCAGAAGGAGCUCGUUGAAGAACUCUGGGCCCAGGUCGACGGCAAGUUUGACUAUUCUGCCUAAGCGCCCGAGGUACUUUACACUAUUAAGCUUGUUUCCAUUUCACGAUGACUGAUAUGACGAACCAUUUUACGAAAUUCAUGCCACCGUCCCAAACAGGCCACCAAGGUUUAUCUUAGGAUAUGAUGAGACGUGAGUCCAUCUGCAAAACCCGACAUUAGCAUUCACUCUGUUUAUUUUCACAAGCACGUUCAUCUAAAAAAAAAAGAUCCUGAAGAUAGGAUGAUAACAUAGAAUAAUCUCUACUAGACUAUUCAAUUUUAUUUUCAUAACCGCAU